AGCCUGUGUUCCCCAAGCUCAGGGAGAGACAGCCUUAGAUCCCCAACCCAGUGAGAGACGGCCUGUGAUCCCCAUCCCCAGCGAAAGACAGCUUUAGAUCCCCAACCACAGUGAAAGACAGCUUUAGAUCCUCAACCCCAGUGAGAGAGAGUCUUAGAUCCCCAACCCCAGUGAGAGAGAGCCUUAGAUCCCCAACUCCAGUGAGAGAGAGCCUUAGAUCCCCAACUCCAGUGAGAGAGAGCCUUAGAUCCCCAACCCCAGUGAGAGACAGCCUUAAAUCCCCAACCCCAGUGAGAGACAGCCUUAGAUCCCCAACCCCAGUGAGAGACAGCCUUAGAUCCCCAACCCCAGUGAGAGACAGCCUUAGAUCCCCAACCCCAGUGAGAGACAGCCUUAGAUCCCCAACCCCAGUGAGAGACAGCCUUAGAUCCCCAACCCCAGUGAGAGACAGCCUUAGAUCCCCAACCCCAGUGAGAGACAGCCUUAGAUCCCCAACCCCAGUGAGAGACAGCCUUAGAUCCCCAACCUCAGUGAGAGACAUCCUGCUAUCCCCAACCUCAGUGAGAGACAGCCUGUGAUCUCCAAGCCCAGUGAAGGACAGCCUGUGAUCCCCAAGCCCAGUGAAAGACGGCCUGUUAUCCCCAAGCCCAGUGAAAGACAGCCUGUGAUCCCGAACCUCAGUGAGAGACAGCCUUAGAUCCACAACCCCAGUGAGAGACAGCCUGUGAUCCCCAGCCUCAGUGAGAGACAGCCUGUGAUCCCCAGCCUCAGUGAGAGACAGCCUGUGAUCCCCAGCCUCAGUGAGAGACAGCCUGUGAUCCCCAGUCUCGGUGAGAGACAGCCUGUGAUCCCCAGUUUCGUGAGAGACAGCCUGUGAUCCCCAGUCUCGGUGAGAGACAGCCUGUGAUCCCCAGUCUCGGUGAGAGACAGCCUGUGAUCCCCAGUCUCGGUGAGAGACAGCCUGUGAUCCCCAGUCUCGGUGAGAGACAGCCUGUGAUCCCCAGUCUCGGUGAGAGACAGCCUGUGAUCCUGGACCUCGGUGAGAGACAGCCUGAGAUUCCCAACCUCAGUGAGAGACAGCCUGUGAUACCCAGCCUCGGUGAGAGACGGCCUGAGAUCCCCAACCUCAGUGAGAGACGGCCUGAGAUCCCCAACCUCAGUAACAGACUAAGAGACAAACUGAGACCACCUCACUACUGGAACUAACCUGAUUACUUACUACUUGUGGAUUAUAAUUGGAGGCACCUGGUGUGUGCCCAAAGCCCAGAUAUGGGAGAAGAAGCCGGGGGGCUGCCCAGCCUAAGGAGGGGGGCCCGGGCUGUGCCAGGUGCUGAAGCUGCCCGCUAGCCUGAGGGUCCACCAUCUGGCAUACACUGCAAUGGGAUGAAGAUGAGGUGGCACAAGAUGUUCCUCCUGCUUUGCAUGGCCGGACUGUGUCUAAUCUCUGUCCUGCAUUUUCUGAAAGCCCUCUCCUAUGUCUCGUUACCCCGGGAGUUGGUUUCUCUGAGCCCUAAUUUAAUCUCUGGCUUUUUCUGGGAGUCCCGGCCAUUAAAUCCACACAUAGUAGCCAGGUCUGAUGUUGCAAACCAGAUUCUACGCACUCCAGGCUACUACCGCCCACCUCCGCUCCAUCAGAACCAACCAAAACCUCUUCCCUCAAGGGUUGGCGAACAUCGUAUUGAUGACUUGCAUGUGGCUGAAUUUGAGCUCCAGGAAGACACAACAGAGUAUUUUGUGCGCACAAAGUCAGGUGGAGUAUGCUUUAAGCCAGGAACAAAAUCCCUGGACCGUCCACCUUCUGAAAAAUCAGAACGCUCCCCCCCUCGUAAGCAGUCCCCUGGCACUGUACGGCAACAGCAGCAACCAACUCAAAAACGUAGAAAAUGGGUGGACUGUGUGUGUCUACCAGGUUGGCAUGGACCCAGCUGUGGAGUGCCCACUGUUGUACAACACUCCAACCUCCCCACCAAGGAUAGAUUAACACCUCGACUAAAACCACGUCGUGUCAUUAAUGCUAUCAAUAUCAAUCAUGAGUUUGACCUGCUGGAUGUACGGUUUAAUGAACUGGAAGGGGCUGUAGAUGUUUUCCUGGUGUGCGAAUCAAAUUUCACAGCUUAUGGGGAACAACGUCCUCUCUUAUUCCGUCAGAUGCUUCUCAAUGGCACUUUUGAUUACAUAAAAUCCAAGAUUAUCUAUGUUUUCUUGGACCACUUCCCAGAGGGUGGGAGACAAGAUGGCUGGAUAGCAGAUGACUAUCUACGGACAUUUCUCACACGCAAUGGUGUAAGCCGACUGCGUAACCUACGGGAUGAUGACCUCUUUAUAAUUGAUGAUGCUGAUGAGAUCCCUAGCAGAGAGGGGGUGCUCUUCCUCAAGCUUUACGAUGGAUGGACAGAACCCUUUGCCUUCCACAUGCGCAAGUCGCUGUAUGGCUUCUUCUGGAAGCAGCCAGGGACCCUGGAGGUGAUUUCUGGCUGUACCAUUGGAAUGCUGAGAAUAGUGUAUGGCACAGAUGGAAUCCGUUUACGGCGGCGAGAGUACUACACUAUGCCCAAUUUUCGGCAAUAUGAGAACAAGACUGGCCACAUCUUAGUACAGUGGUCCUUAGGAAGUCCAUUGCACUUUGCUGGUUGGCACUGCUCCUGGUGUUUCCCACCAGAGGGCAUUAACUUUAAGCUGAUCUCUGCACAGAAUGGUGACUUUCCUCGAUGGGGAGACUAUGAAGACAAAAGAGACCUCAACUACAUCCGGUGGCUCAUUAAAACUGGGGGUUGGUUUGAUGGGACCAAACAGGAGUAUCCUCCUGCCGACCCCCAUGAGCACAUGUAUGCCCCCAAAUAUAUGAUGGAAAACACUAAACGCUUUGGUUACCUAAUCAAAAACCCCUACAGCAGCUGAGAGGGUGGGGUAGUAUUGCUCAUAUAUUUACCUGUUGAAUUUUCCAACAAAUCCUCUGUACACAUCUUAUCAACCCACUGGAAUGUAAAUGUGCCACUAAACGGAGGUGAAAAUUUACAUAGCGAUGUAAAAUCACUGAACCUCUUGGGAGAUUGUGCUCCCUCUGUGAUUGGCUGCUUACAUGGGUCAUGCCUAAAAAAAAAAAUAAUAUAUAUAUAUAUAUAUAUAUAUAUAUAUAUAUUUAUUUGUGGUAUUGUAACUACUGACUUGGUUCAAGAGAGGCUUUUCACCAGUAGCUUGUGCUUCACUAUCAACGUGGCUUUUGAAGAAGUGUUUGCUUUAUUUCACCAUUACAGAUGAUCAUGGUGCCGUCUAUAAAUAUGAGUAUGACUGUACAUCCACACGGUCAUAAAGUUGUAAAAAAAAUUGUUUUAAAUACCAACUCUGAACAAUGCUGUUUAACAAUAUUUGUUAUCCACUAAUAGACCAGGUCCAUUUGCAGGAGAUGUGAUGUAUAUAUGCAAACUCACACAGGCGUUAUAUAUUCUACCCUAGAUAUGUUUUCUAAUUUUAUAUUCAUUUACACGUCCUUCAUGACUCCCAGAAAUAUCUGUAACCCUGUGUGUGUGAGUUUGCAUAGAAGUCCUCUCUGCACAAAGAGUUUAAUUGAGUGUCACGGCUACUUAGGAACCUGUAUACUCAGCAUUGCGCACUGCAACAUUGUUUUAUUUUAAUUAUUAUUUUUUUUGUUUUCAGGGUGUGACAGAAAAAUCACGAGAAAUGUCUUAUUUAUCUUCUUUUGCACCACUAGAGUUCUAGGGAACUGAUAUUUUUCUUAACUGACUUGCAGCUGUAUGUUAUUGCGCAAUAACCCCUAUAAAUGCCAAAAGUACAGAAUAAUCCAUUCUGCGGGUUAGAUAAAAUUACAGGAAUGGUUUUGCUUAUCAGCGUUUUGCCUCUGAGUCAUACAAGCAAAUACCUAAAUUGUGCAAAUAUACUUAAAUGGAUUUUUACAAGGAAAUUCCCGAAUUUUCUAUCACACAUUUUCAAAAAGUCAAUGUUUUAAAACUUUAAUUGUAUUAUUUGCAUGAAAUAUGAGUGAGCUAAAGAAGUCUAGUAAUAUUACACAUUACCAUGCAGCACAAAGUGUUUUAGCGAGUGGAUUAGUCCUUAUUGAAACCCUGCACAUGUUUUCAGAGCUUGUUUAGGGCGCCAUGUAGCUUUUAAGAUACUGUUUUCAGAAGAAAGGAAAAAAACUGAAACGCAUCUGACAGUACAAACUAAAACCAUUCGGAAAUACUGACUCGUUAAGUGAGAAUGUUUUACAUUGCUUAAAUGGUUCAAUUCAGCAUUUUAUUGCUGCAGAGUAAACUCUUUAGCUUGUGAUGUUCUACAAUGUAACCUGUUACGCAUUUCGCGUGGCCGAUGCUGAAAAGUAAAUUUACAUUUCUAGAUUGAAUAAAUCAUUCAUAUUUCAUGCAAAAAAGAAAAAACUGCGAUAUUUACAACAUUCUCCUUUAAAUAGAAUAUCUAGUGAUAUCAUCAUUCGCUGCUAUCAUGGGGGUCCCUGUUCCAUUUGUGAUAGUCCUUGAGUCUGUUUUGCGCAUAAUGUGCCCUGUUAUUUCCUUGUCUUCAAGUAUCUGAGCUUUCAGUGCUUGAAAAUGAAAUGCUGCUCUCCAGUUCUGUGACCUCUGCUUAGCAACUGGCAUGUUGUCACUUGAACGCCAGAGAUCUAAUUCUGGGCUGUCUCCCUGUGUCACUAUAUUUGUCCAGCAACCGAUUGACUAAUCAGAGUGAAUGCCAAGCCUGACCACUGAUAAUCUGCUUUAAUUCUGCACCCCCAGAAGAAUAUCCCUUGCUGUUGUCACUAUGCAAAUUAUUACAUAAAAACAUUACUCUGCGGGGGGAAAACAGGUGUGUAUCACCCAAGGGCUGCCCCUGUUUACUUGUCACAUGACCUCAUUAAUGUAUUACCCCCCCCAUAUUAAAAUAAACACUUUCUUAAAUGGGUAAAAAAAAAUAAAGGAUAUCUGAGACACUUGUCUGCAAAGUAACGAUGCAUUAAAGGGAUAAUUGUUAUCCAAUUAGUUAAGACUGUCAACCUACACUAAGGGGUUAAACGUACAGUAGAAGUACUGUUUAGGGACCCAAGAGCAGUGCUGAUACCGAGUGGAAACUGCAACAGAUCCAAUCAGCAGCUAGUUGCACUUUUGAGUCGCUGGUGCUUGGAUCAGCAGCGGUUUCAGCUCGGGACCAGCAGUGCUCUGUGGGCCCUGAGCUGUACUUUUACGGUGUGUUUGAUCCCUUUGCAAGUUUGUAGGGUCAUUAGUCUUAAAAUGAAAUGCUCUAAUUAAUUUUAUGGCUAUUAUGGCCUUUUAAAAGCUUUUGCGUAAAAAAAAAAAAGCAGCAUUUUGAAAACCUAUUAUAGAGAAUUUGAAGCUCUCCGGGGAGUGUGGGAAAAAAGCUUUUGUGUAAAAAAAAAAAAAAAAAAAGUUUGUCCUACUCUCCAUUCUAUGCUGUUAUUCUUUUACCUGCAAAUCAGCAGCAUUUUGAAAACCUAUUUUACAGAAUUUGCAGCUCUCCGGGGAGUGUGGGAAAAAGCACAUUUUUAUACAUAAUCAAGAGCUAUUUAAUGUCCUUUUUAAUAAUUUGUUUCCCAAAGGGAGGGGCAACAUAUCAAGUACCACUGCAGAACAGCCGUGUCUGGCAACCGAGGGGGAGGAGCUUUAUACAACAGAUUAUGUUUAAAUUAGCGCCACAAAUUUAUGAUGGGACCCAAUCAUGUUUGCUGUUUAGUUUGUGAAUAAACACAGAUUUGCUGUUGGAUAAAAAUCCAGUUGAAAGCUUGAAAUAACGGAGAGGGAGAAUUUAACCAAUCAGAUAUCGAAUUCUUUUAGCCAAUGUGUCAUUUAUAUUUAUUGACCCCGAAGAUUUUUUGUACCAUAAAUGUUACUUAAUUUUUAAUGUGGAAUUUGCACAUUUUUUUUAAAGGGGAAAUGUCAUCAAGAUUCCAGCGUGUAAGUGCUAUGAAUAUCAAAUGACUUAUGUCUGUUGUAUAACAGGAAAACCUGAAUUUGUUGAUUCCUGAUCUAUAAAAUCAGAAAAACACAGAUACAACUUGCUACAAUGUCACUUGGGCUUAGGAAUCUGUUUACGUUGACAUUAUACCUGCAGUGAUUUGAAGGGAUUAAACCACAAGGCUGCAGCUUCCAGUACUGGCAAAUAUUAAUAUACGUGGAUAUUCCACUUGGUAGAACAGAUUAAUCCUGAUGUUUCCAAAAGCAAAAAAUAUGUGCAAUAUGCGACUCUUCUCUGGCAGAGCAGCGUGGGAAUUACAGUUGGCAUUAUAAUCGCUUGUUAUCUUACAGACAUGGCACUUGGUAUAAUAAAGGACCCAGGAUCAUAGGGGAAAAAAGUGAAGGCUUUUAGUAGCUUGUUAGGGUUACAGGACAAAGCCCGUAGUGUGGGCAUCUGGGCAUUAAUCUCUUACCCCGCUUGGGCAGGUUAGGGACAUUUGUUAUUGACUACUGAGGUAGGGUUGCCAUUUAUAAACAGAUUUAUUUUCCUGAUAUGAAUUGGGGAAUAAGGAGGCUCCGCCAGCUGCUAGAUUAACUGUAGCAAUGUUCCAGAAGUCAUUAUGGCUGCCAUAGUAAGACAGCCAAUAGGAAAGUGCCACAUCAUAUUGGUGGGGUGUCUUUAUAUAUUUAUGGUGAAUCCUUUGCAACUAGAUAAUUACAGAGAUUUCUUGUAAAUAUAGUUAUGGCUAAAGAUCUCUGAGUUCAAUGAGCAAGGUCAUCCUUUCCAGUGUGUGUUAUGGCAUGAACAUAAUUCACUAACAUUUGGUGAGUUACCUCAGACUUCGGUUAAAUAUCUGCAUAGGAUAACAUAGGAAUCAGAGACAUUUGCCUCACUCGAAUGUUCUUUGAAAACAAUUAGUGAGUCUUGGUUACAGGACUCCAUGAUCAAUAAUUCACAUAGGCUAUAAACUCAAAUUCACUAACAGAUGUUACAGACAGGGUACUGUGCUUUAGUCUACGUGUGUCUGUGGCACCCCUGGUUAACGCCUUUGCACUCACACUCAUUUACUUGUGCGCAGUAGUGCAUAUUAUUGGACAUCUACAUUGACACAUUUUCUGUAUAUUAUUUGAGUACAGCUGUAGGUCCCCAGUUUAAUAUAUUUGGGCACAACUAAGGGUCCCCAGUUUAAUAUAAUAUAUGGGCACAGCUAACCGUCUUUAGUCUCUGCAUACUCUAAGCAAGCUGUGCCCCCCCCCCAGUUUAUUAUAAUAUUUGGGCAAAGCUAAGAGUCCCCUUUUUCUGUGUACUAUUUAAGCACAAUUGUAGGUCCCCAUUUAGUUUAGUAUUUGGGCACAGCUAAGGGUCCCCAGUUUCUGUUUACUAUUUGGGCACAGAUAAGUGUCCCCAGUUUCUGCAUACUCUAAGCAAGCUUUGGGCCCCCAGUUUAGUAUAAUGUUUGGGCACAGCUUUGGGUCCCCAGUUUUUCUGUACUAUUUGGUUACAGAUGUGGGUCCCCAGUUUUUCUGUACUAUUUGGGUACAGAUGUGGGUCCCCAGUUUCUGUGUACUAUACUGUGGGUCCCCAGUUUAGUAUAUGUGGGUACAGCUAAGGUUUCUGUGUACUCUUUGGAAACUGCUCCAGGCCUCAUGGUCUAGCUGCCUGCUGGAGAUAAUCUGGACCUAUCUGGCAACCCUACAGUCUAUUAAGCAAAAAGGGAAUUUUAUCACUUUAGAGGGAAGGAAUCUGAUUACUACUGAAAGGGAAGCAGCUAUUCAGCUCUGCUUGUUUUCUUCACAUUCUGUUCUGCGUUUCCCCUGGCUCAGUCCCAGCUCUUCAGCUUGAAUCCGCAGUGUCACCGCAUAGGUCCCAAAGUGAGCCAGUGGCACAAACCCUUUGCCUGCCGGGUGCCAGCAUAACUAGGCCGAGGGGCAGUCUGAUGGAAGGGGCUAACAGCUGGGGCAUCUAGUAACUAGAGCGAAAUAGGCAAAACCUGUGAACUGGAUACAAAUAAAAAAAAAGUAAAGCCCAUCUCCAAAUGAAACUGGUGCAGGAUACAAUGUACGGUGCUGCUGUUAGCAAAACAAAUCUGAAUUUCUCCAAAAUAAAGGAAAAAUGCAAAAUGUUUUCAUAUGAUAUGUAAUUGUAAUGGAAAAAGGGAUGUGCUUGUAGCUAAUGUAAAUAUUUCCAACUAUGCUGUAUAAAAAAAUGUUUCUGUAUAUAUGCCUGUACCUUUGUGUAUAUAGGAUAUCGAUUCACCAUUGCCGGAAUGUACAUAUCUUAUUCAUGUUUUGAUAAUGGCAAGUUACUUAAUGUGAAUAGAUUGGAUGGAAAUGACGGUGUUUACAUAUAUUUAUUACUUUAUAUGACACUUUGAACCCGUCUCUCUAGGGUCCUAUAUGUGACACAAGCAAAUAAAAAAAAAAAAACAUGGAAUUGUGAGCACUAAAUAUGUAUAUUUUUCAAGAUAUUCACAAAUAAAUUCACAGAGCAAUGUAUGAGGCCCAUUAUGUUUAUUUACCCGGUCUAUAGACGCUAUUUGCCCCAGACAGCUAAGUGAUUUAAAGCUGCACAUUCGCAAUAUGUCGCUGGCAUUGGUUUUUGCUAAUGUUAUGUGGCAGUAAGAUCUGUGACUUUCUAUAGUGACUUUGAUGUUAAAUACAAGAAAGCACUUUUUGUCACUAAUAUCUGUGGGGAUUUUUGGGGUUACACCGUGCACCUAUGUGUUGUAACCAGAUCACGUUUAGGCCAGUAACUGUCACAGUUCUGUAAUUAAACUGUCUGAAGCUUUAUUUUGUAACCAUCUCAGACUCAGAUUAAAGGGACAUUAUACACUAGAUUUUUCUUUGCAUAAAUGUUUUGUAGAUGAUCCAUUUAUACAGCCCAUACAGUUUUUUGUUUGUUUUUUAAAUCGAUAGUUUUGCUUAUUUUUAAAUAACAUUGUUCUGAUUUUCAAGCCCCAGAGUUUUAGGAGAAUACCAACGUAUACCUACUCCAGCUUGCUCCUGUUUGUGUAAAGAGUCUUUUCAUAUGCAGAGGAAGGGGGAGUGUCUGCUAUUUCCCACUUACAGUGGAUGUUCCAGUAACCUUUUAAACAGAGCUAAACUGAGAGCUUCUAAGUAAGUUUUUUAAUUGGUUUUAUACUGGAUUUAUAGUGGUGUCUAUUACAUGCAGUUAUAUGAAAAUUUGUGCAUACUGUCCCUUUAAUCCAUAUGGCGUAGCCUUUCUAGUCAUGCUAAGGUAUUUUUAAGAGACCGCAAGAGGACCACUUCAUCUUGAAAUUUACCUCUGAUCGAUUUUUUAUUUUUUUAAUUCUACUUAGGGAAAAGGGAAAAAAAUAUAAAAAUAUAUAUACACAGAUACAUAAAAUAUAUGGAUUGACUCUAAAAAUCAAUAAAAGGUACUGUGAAACAUGAAUUCAUUUUUAUUUAUACAUUUACUCAAAGAUCUAUUCUUUUUAAUAAAAUGUGCAAAAAUAUAAAAAAGGAAAUUUUAAGGGUAUAGGUGAGAAGGCUAAAAAAAAUUGCACUAUUUAAAAAUCUAUAAAAAAAUCAUUUGUGGUUGAAUAAUCCCUUUCUGAUGUGAAUAAAUGUGUUUUUGUUGAGACUUUAGGAACUCUUUGUGUGUUCCUGUGCACAAACUGUAAUCGGAGGCAUUUUUCUCCCUCAUUAAUAAAAGGGUAUCUGACGGA